ACCACUGCGGUCAUGUCAGUCAGACACGGCAUGAUCAACAGAGUCCAUGGAGACGGGAAGAAGGGAGGGCAGCAACUUCACUCCUGCAUGUUGACAAUUGCAUACUUUUAAAUGAAUAUUUUCUCCAAACUAUAGAACUCAGUGGAAAUUCCACUGAUUCCUGAUUUAGCUUGAUUUUAUGUAGAGGAGGAAAAGGUGUGUGAGUGAACGGCGUUAUUCCAACUCAACUUCAAUUAUGGGCAAAUACACCUGCCGCGAGCGGGCGCGGCUAGCGCGCUAACAUUAGCCAUCAGAGGGAGUUCAAAAGUACAAACUAGCACAAGAGGACGACAUGGAGUGUGACAGGACAUAAGAAACCUGGAUUAUAAAACUUAAUGGGGAUAUCAUCGCGUUCAAUCGGAUAUAUUGAACCAAGUGUGCUGAUGUGACUAACGUUAGUUUAGGUGCAGAGCUAUUGUAUGUGGGAUCAUGUCUGUGACAGAGCUCUAUUCAAAGUACACCCGGGUUUGGAUCCCUGACCCAGAAGAGGUAUGGAAGGGAGCUGAAAUCAUCAAAGAUUAUAAGGAGGGAGACUCGGUCCUUCACCUCCAAUUAGAAGAUGAAUCGACAUUAGAAUAUCCACUUGGUCCCAAAGACAAUCAGCUUCCAUUUCUUCGGAAUCCAGAUAUUUUGGUAGGAGAGAAUGACCUCACAGCUCUCAGCUACCUCCAUGAGCCCGCUGUGCUCCACAAUCUCAAAGUCCGUUUCCUGGAGUCCAAUCACAUUUACACUUACUGUGGAAUUGUGUUGGUGGCCAUCAACCCAUACGAGCAACUUCAGAUCUAUGGAGAAGAGGUCAUCAAUGCGUACAGUGGCCAGAAUAUGGGGGACAUGGAUCCUCAUAUUUUUGCUGUGGCAGAGGAGGCGUACAAACAGAUGGGCCGAGAUGAGAAGAACCAGUCGAUAAUAGUAAGUGGUGAGUCAGGAGCUGGUAAAACGGUUUCUGCAAAGUACGCAAUGCGGUUCUUCGCCACAGUGGGGGGUUCGGCCAGUGACACCAACGUUGAGGAGAAAGUACUGGCCUCCAGUCCUAUCAUGGAGGCCAUUGGAAAUGCAAAAACCACUCGAAACGACAACAGCAGUCGCUUUGGGAAAUACAUCCAGAUUGGCUUUGAUAAGAGAUACCACAUCAUCGGUGCCAACAUGCGAACCUAUCUGCUUGAAAAAUCCAGAGUAGUGUUUCAGGCCGAGGAUGAGAGGAACUACCACAUCUUCUACCAGCUCUGUGCUUCAUCCUCUCUAUCAGAGUUUAAAGAUCUAGCUUUGACCAGUGCAGAAGAUUUUACGUACACCUCUCUUGGAGAGAACAUUUUCAUCGAGGGAGUGAACGACGCUGAAGAUCUGGUGAAGACUAGAGAGGCUCUAACAAUGCUUGGCGUGAAAGACGUUCACCAAAUGAGCAUCUUUAAUAUAAUUGCCUCAAUCUUGCACCUGGGGAACGUGGCGAUUGUGUCGGAGAGAGAUGGAGAAUCCUGUCAUAUUAACAAAGGUGACCCUCACCUGCAGCAUUUCACCCGGCUGCUGGGUAUAGAGCAGGACCAGAUGGAGCACUGGUUGUGUCGCAGGAAGCUGGUGACCACCUCCGAGACUUACGUGAAGAACAUGUCACAUCCCCAGGCGGUCAACGCCCGGGACGCUCUGGCCAAACACAUCUACGCCCACCUUUUUGACUGGAUCGUCGAGCACAUCAACAAGUCCUUACACACUUCCACCAAACAGCAUUCUUUCAUCGGGGUGCUGGAUAUCUAUGGGUUUGAAACAUUCGAGAUCAACAGCUUCGAGCAGUUCUGUAUUAACUACGCCAAUGAGAAACUCCAGCAACAGUUCAACUCGCACGUGUUUAAACUGGAGCAGGAGGAGUAUAUGAAGGAGCAGAUCCCCUGGACGCUUAUAGAUUUUUAUGAUAACCAGCCAUGCAUUGACCUAAUUGAAGCCAAGCUUGGUAUCCUGGACCUUCUUGAUGAGGAGUGUAAGGUGCCCAAAGGAACAGAUAUGAAUUGGGCCCAGAAGCUGUACAGCAAGCACUCGGGCAGCGGACAUUUUGAGAAACCCAGAAUGUCCAACAGCUCCUUCAUCAUUGUUCACUUUGCAGAUAAGGUUGAAUAUCAGUGUGAUGGAUUCCUGGAGAAGAACAGAGACACUGUUUAUGAGGAGCAAAUCAACAUCCUUAAGGCCAGCCAGUUCCAGCUGGUGGCCGAUCUCUUCCAGGAUGGUAAAGAAGGUACCUCUCUUCCAGCCGGCAAGACCUCCAAAGUCAACGUUCGGCCUGCCAAACCCCAACCAAAAGGUCACAACCGCGAGCACAGAAAAACUGUGGGAACCCAGUUCAGGAACUCUUUACAUCUUCUGAUGGAAACAUUAAACGCCACAACCCCCCAUUAUGUGCGCUGCAUUAAGCCCAACGAUUUUAAGGAAUCUUUUGUAUUUGAUUCUAAAAGGGCUGUUCAACAACUGCGAGCAUGUGGAGUUCUGGAGACGAUCCGCAUCAGUGCUGCCGGGUAUCCAUCCAGAUGGACAUAUUUAGAUUUCUACAGCAGAUAUCGGGUUCUCAUGACAAAGAAGGAAAUGACUAGUGCAGAUAAGAAGCUGGUCUGUAGAAACCUGCUGGAGACAUUGAUCAAGGAUCCAGAUAAGUUUCAGUUUGGAAAGACCAAGAUUUUCUUCAGGGCAGGUCAGGUGGCGUAUCUGGAGAAGCUUCGAGCAGAUAAGUUUCGCUACGCCUGCAUUAAGAUCCAGAAGACGGUCAGAGGAUGGCUACAGAGAAUUCGCUACCGCAAAAUCCGCAAGUCAGCCAUCACCCUGCAGAGAUACGGACGGGGUUACAUGGCACGCAGAUAUGCAGAGAUGCUUCGUCUCACCCGAGCAGCUCUCAUUUGUCAGAAACGCUACCGGAUGGUUCGCGUUCGUCGGGAAUAUCUAAAAACCCGUCGUGCUGUGGUCACCAUUCAGGCCUUCGCCCGUGGCAUGUUUAUACGCAGACUGUAUCAGGAGUUUAUGCUUCAUCACAAAGCCAUGAUCAUCCAGAAGACGGUGCGGGGUUGGCUCGUGAGGAAGAAGUAUCUCCGCGCCCGAUACGCUGCAAUCGUCAUCCAGUGUUUCUACCGCCGCGUGCGUGCCAAGCGUCAGCUCAAACAGCUCAAGAUAGAGGCCCGAUCGGCUAAUCACUUAAAAAGCCUCAACGUCGGAAUGGAGAACAAAAUUGUGCAGCUGCAGAAGAAGAUGGAUAACAAGUCAAAAGAAUAUAAAACUCAAAAUGAGCAGCUGGCUGUUGCUAACACUGCUCUGGGAUCAGAGGUCAGUAAAUUGCAGAAAGAGCUGCAGACCCUUCGUACUCAGCAGACUGCUGGGUCCUCACUGCAGGAUGAGCUUGAGAGGUUGAGGGCGGAGCUUAAGGAAGCCCACGCCCAGAGGAAGCAGAUAGAGGAUGAGUUCAGCAAUGAGAAACAAGACCUCGAAAAGCGGGUAGAGGAGCUGCAGAAGGAGAACUCGCUUUUGAAGAAGGAGAAAGAGGAGAUGAACCAAAGAAUCCAGAACUCCACUCCGGGCAAGGUUGGAGAUGCGUCAAAGAAGGAAAGCAAUGUGCAGGCUGAACUGGAUGAAGAGAGAUCACGCUAUCAAAACCUGCUCAAAGAAUACUCCAGACUGGAGCUAAGAUAUGAAAACCUGCAGGAAGAGAUGUCCUCCGUUAAGUUUCAUCCCGGCCAUCGGCGUAAUCCCUCCAACCAGAGCAGUCUGGGCUCAGACUCCAACUACCCAUCUAUCAGCAUGUCUGAUGUUGGAGACACUGAUGACACCAUCCAGCAGGUGGAGGAGAUGGGCAUAGAGAAGGCCGCCAUGGAUCUCAGCGUGUUCAUGAAGCUGCAGAAGCGAGUACGAGAGCUGGAGCAGGAGAGAAAGAGGCUGCAGACCAGCUUGGAGAAAGUAGACGAUCUGAACAAGCGCAAGAGUAAUGAGAGCAAUGGUUCAGACGAGGAUGUAAAUGCAGACCUGGCCUACAACAGCCUAAAGAGACAAGAGCUUGAGACUGAGAAUAAGAAGUUGAAGAACGACCUGAAUGAGCUGAGAAAAGCAGUGGCCGUCAACGCCUCAGAAAACAGCUCGCCCAACGAGCUUCAGGAAGGCUAUAGCGUGCUGCUGAAUCAACUCAAAGAGGCCAAUGAGGAGCUGGAAGUGCGCAAAGAGGAAGUUCUUAUGCUUAAGACCCAGAUUGUCAACACCACGAGACAGCUAGAGAACACUAAUCACAUUAAUUCUAAUGACGUAUCAGAAUAUACCAACAACAAGAACAAGAAGCCAGAGGACGUGGUGGAUGGCGAGUCCAAGAAUAAAGCACAAGACUGGGUGUUUUUGAAUGAAGAUGGGGAGCUUGGCCUGGCGUAUCAGGGUCUAAAGCAGGUUGCCAGGUUGCUGGAAGACCAGCUGAAGACGCAGUCUCGUAAACACAACGAUGAGCUGGAGGCUCUUCACACGCAGAUCGAAUUGAUGAGGAACGACUUGGAGAAGAAGCAGGAGAUGCUUAACAACUUCUCCACCCUCUCUCCCGAGGCUCUGGUGGAGUUUAGCAUACAACAGGAGCUCACGCGUCUCACCAAUGAAAACCUGGAUCUCAAGGAAAUUAAGGAGAAGCUGGAGAAGAACGAGAGGAAGCUGAAGAAACAGUUAGGGAUCUAUAUGAAGAAAGUAAAGGAGUUGGAAGUGAGUCAGACCACCAGAAGCAGGCCAGAACUAACCAGACAGGUCACCGUACAGAGGAAAGAGAAGGACUUUGAAGGCAUGCUGGAAUACUACAAAGAAGAUGAGGCAUUGCUGGUCAAGAGUCUGAUUACAGACAUGAAGCCCCAAUCUGUGUCGGCCACUGUCCCCUGCCUCCCUGCCUACAUCCUCUUCAUGUGCAUCCGUCACGCAGACUACAUCAACGACGACCAGAAAGUUCACUCACUCCUCACCUCAACCAUCAAUGCCAUCAAAAAGGUCCUGAAGAAAAACAACGAUGACUUUGAAAUGACCUCCUUCUGGUUGGCUAAUUCCAGUAGACUUCUUCACUGUCUGAAGCAGUAUAGCGGAGAUGAGGCAUUUAUGACUCAGAACACACCCAAGCAGAAUGAGCACUGCCUGAAAAACUUUGACCUUGCAGAGUAUCGGCAGGUACUGAGUGACCUUUCCAUUCAAAUCUAUCAGCAGCUCAUCAGAGUGGCAGAAGCAUUCCUGCAACCCAUGAUCGUAUCUGCCAUGCUUGAAAGUGAAAGCAUCCCGAGCCUGGCCGGGGUGAAGCCCAUGGGCUACAGGAACCGCUCCGCUAGUAUUGACUGUGAUAGCGGAGCUCCAGUGGGCUACACACUGCAGGCCCUGAAACGGCAGCUGGCACAGUUUCACACCACCAUGGCAGACCACGGCUUGGACCCUGAGAUCUGCCAGCAGGUUAUUCGCCAGCUCUUCUACUCCAUCAACGCUGUGAGCCUCAACAACUUGCUGUUGCGCAAGGAUGUCUGCUCCUGGAGUACAGGGAUGCAGCUCAGGUACAACAUCAGUCAGUUGGAGGAAUGGCUGAGGGAAAGGAAUCUGCAUCAGGGUGGAUCUGUUUCCACGUUGGAACCUCUGAUCCAGGCCGCUAAGCUGUUGCAGAUGAACAAGAAGACUUCUCAAGACGCAGAGGCCAUUUGCUCACUAUGUAACUCCCUUAGUUUACAGCAGAUUGUGAAGAUACUGAACUUGUACACACCACUCAAUGAGUUUGAAGAAAGAGUCACUGUGUCUUUUAUCAGAGACAUACAGAAUCGCCUCCAGGAUCGGGUAGACAACCACCAACUGCUGGUGGACACCAAGCACACUUUCCCAGUCCUCUUCCCCUUCACGCCAUCUGCACUCAGUUUGGAGACCGUACACAUCCCUGCAUCCCUCAACUUAGACUUCCUCACACGGGUUUGAGAUCUCAAUCUCUCUGUCUUACUCUGAGCUCGUACCCACGGCCUGCGGAAAGAGCAAAGGCCCAUCGCAGAUCUGCUAACACGCAAACUAACAUCACCAAAUGUGUGGCUGGGAUUUACAUUAUCAGCAUGUAAAAGACGGACAAUUUCCCUGACCGACUAACUAUGGUGUAGUGCUGUAGUUUCUGUGUGUGUUUGUUCAGUGUUGUGUGAUGUAAAUAAGCUGUCUGCCUUUUCUUUUUUGUAACAUUCAACCAGCUGUUUUUCCUGGGUUCUUGUCGUAUAAUAUGACCAACGAAAUACAAGCAAGGCUGUAGGCCGUUCAAAAAAAGUUUAAACACUAUAUAUAUAUAUGGAUCGGGAUGUGUUCAUCUUUCACUAAUUUGUAUGAUUACAUAAUUUUGAUCUGAAUUAAUAUAUGAGGGCUUUGGGCUACUGACAUAAAACACUAAUGCAGGAUUUAUGUGUCUGAACGCUGAUGUAUCUGUAUUAAUAAGCACUAUUUUUUUAUUGUAAUGGAAAAGUGUAUUUUAUCAUCCUUGCUUGUGCCGAAACACACACUUUCGUCUCAGAAACAUGGGCUCCCACUGUAAAACAGCACCAUUGUCCCAUUCACCUCCUGAUUUUUUCUUUCUCUAGGCGGACUAGAAUCCCAACCGGCUGCCAAGAUUCAUUCUCACAACCUCUAGCAAUUGAAAAAAGCAAUUCUCUGCAUUGCAGUAACUAGUCUGGAUCAGUCUGGCUCUGACUCUAUAUGCUUUUUUUACUGUGCCUAUGGUGACUCCUGUUCUGUUGGACAAUCAAAUGCAAAGACUUGGGGCCCUGGGCUAACAAAGCAGGGCCAAUCAGCUCUUCUGAUGGAUAUGGCAAGUUGAAGUGUGUGGAGCGGGAAGUAUGAAGGGAUAUUUAAUGUUCUGUCAAACACUUGUGGUUGUUGUUUUUAAGGGGAAUCUUGAAUGAGUGUUAAGAGAUAUGAUAUGUAAGCUGAGAGGACUUAUACAAAUGCAAAUCGGUCUCCAAACUCUUUUUAUAGAAACAUUUUACUUUGCACAGCUCUGUAAAUAAGUGUGCAAUGAAAUAGCAAUAAUCACAAGCACUGUUUACUUCCAAAACUAUAAGAAAAUAAUUUUUAUAUGAUGGAUUUUCCCCUUUUGUAUGUUGAGAAUCAGGAAUGCCAAUAGAGUGGCUUGUUCUGCAUGAACGGGUCAUGUCAAUUCAGGAGAGUUUUAUUUUAAAACAUUCAUGUAUCUUUCAGUUAAAUAAGGUUUCUGUGUUACCAGCCUAACGAAACUAUAACAUGGUUUCUAUGACUAGUAGCCUGUCAAAAUGUACAUCACUGUCAAUUUUACAUGUAUCACACAUCACUUUCUGAAUUGAUAUAGUUCUUGGUGCCAAUAAAGGACUGUGUAUUUUCA